GUUUUAGUGAAUCGGGGUUAAGGGUCUUAGUUAAGCUUCCAAUUUCGGCGUGAGAUGUCUAGACUUGUUUCUCGUGUUUUGUUUGGUGCUCGUUUAACGUUUGCAAGUAAAGGAAUCCAGAUCUUAAGUAAACCAAGUACUAUUAAACAUCUUACUACUUCAACUUGGUUCUGUUCAUCUCAAGUUGACCGUCAGCUCAACCAGUUUCUGACCAAUGAGAUUAAACAAGAAAAGGCAAAUGCUUUCUUCUGCGAUCCCCCUGAAGGGUUUAAAGUAGUAAAAACCAAUGGAUGUGAAGUCGUUAUACGCAAAGAAUAUCAAGAUGGAGUUUUCGUCGACGUGGAGAUUAAUUUGGCUGGUAGUGUUACUCCUAGUAUUUCUGAAGAUGAAAUGAGUACUACGGAAAAGAGUGAGGAUGAUACUGCUUUGGAGGCUCAUCCUGAUUUGCGUAUUAAACUCACAAAACCUAGUGGUCGAAGUCUUGUUUUCAACUGCAGUCUUCCGGGCCAUGACGCUGAAAAACAACUUUCUGAAGAUGAGUCGAAUGAUCUCCCUACUUAUUCCGUGGAUUCAGUUGAAAUUGAACGCAUCCCAGGCUAUUUCGUGUAUACUGAUUUAUUUGACGACCCUAAUGACUCCUUUCUUUUAUCUUAGGAUAUGUAUAAUCAUACAAUGCAAUUGCUGGUAGAACGAGGACUGGACGCAGACUUUCAAGAAGAAUUGCAAAACUUCUGUACUUCAGAAGAGCACAAGUUAUAUUUGAAGUUUUUGGAUGAAUUCCAGAACUAUUGCAAAGACUAAUUUCAGAAAAAUCGCACCAAAGUAGCUACAAUUGUUCAAAUAAUUGCAUUUGACGCUGAAGAAUUUUAUUUAAAUAAUUACAAAAUAUUGUACAAAA